AUGGAAGGGACGAUGCCGAGUCAGCCUAUCGAGAACGGCGUGGUUAUGGACAGAGUUGAGCGACCAUGCAAGGAGUGCGCAUCACUCAAUCUCAACAUUGAGAAGUUCGUGAUUGAAGACGACAAGUCAGCAGAGAUUCGCCCGUCACUAGAUUCGUUGCGACUAGCCAACGAACGAUUUCGACUCGGAACUCUUGACACCAUCACUGAGAGAGCAGAAACUUGCCCUCUCUGCCGUCUCAUAAUAAACUCCAUCGCAAAGGAUGUCUUGAAGGAUGUCGAUGCUACCAAGGCAGUCUGCCAUCUGACGUGGGAGAUGGACGGUCGCUUGUCUGUCGACCCCAGACGCGCACUGCGAGAGAGGCGAACCCGUCGACUGAGGGUUACAUGGAGUGAUGCGUUGCUCAAAGCCUUCGAGUCUUACUUGGUCUUAGCAGCACCGAUGAAGUACGCCAAUUCUGAUCUGGAUUAUCCCAAGCAGCUGAACAGGGAAACACAAUUCCUCGGGCGUCGCUUCGGUGCAACGGAGAACAAGAAGAACCUCAUCCGCGAGUUCUUACGUCUAUGCGAGAAUAGCCACGAUCGUCGCUGUACCGAGCAGAUUGGCAUCGAGAACCCUUUCAUGGAAACGUUGAUGGAGCCCUAUUUCGGCGUCAUUGACAUCGAGAAUGACCGGCUUGUUCCCUUGCCAUUCGAGGGUACGAUGGAGCGCCUGGAAUUCGAGCCUUAUGCCGCUGUGAGCUAUGUUUGGGGCGACACAGGUAGGAUGGACUAUCGAACGAAGAUCAGUAACAUACAAAGUCGGCGGAAAUCUGGUGGUCUGGCUGCUACAAUUCGCAAGCUGCCAAAAGCGCUUGUGCAGAGCAUUCGGCUGGUCCAUGACUUGGGUAUAAGAUACGCUUGGAUUGAUGCGCUGUGUAUUGUGCAGGACAGCAGCCACUCGUGGAGCCUUAACUCGCGGGCCAUGCAUCUCAUAUACGGCAAUGCGACGCUGACGAUUUGCGCUGCGGACGGUGAUUCACGGACUGGUUUGCUGGCCCUUGACGAAGGUCAGCGUCCACAGCAGCAGAUUGGCGUUUAUGCUGAUGGCGUGCACUUAAUAUUGCAUCAGCCAUCUGAGAUCAGUAUCCAGACGUCAAAGUGGAACACGCGCGCUUGGACGUUCCAAGAGCGACUGCUCUCCAAGCGCUGCUUAAUCUUCACCAGAGGACAGAUCUACUUCCAGUGCCGCUCCACGGGCAUGUCGGAAGAUAUCUUCGCGGAUGGCGAAGGCCGAGGAUGGUCGCUCGACUUGGUGCAAGCGCCGCUUCAGAUGCUCACGGAGCUCAAGCAACGCAGUGUGUGGUUCUAUGCCCAUUGUGUAUAUCUCUACACAUUGCGCGAGCUGUUCGAACCGCUCGAUAUCCUGGCAGCAUUUAGUGGAAUGUGUAAUUUGAUGGAGGGUACGAUGAACGCGCCCUUUGUUUUCGGGCUCCCGACAUCACAUCUUGAUUUUGCCCUCCUGUGGGAGCCUGUUGACCUUCUAACCCUGCUGAACUACGAGAAGGCGUCGGUAGAGCCAAAGUACAAAGACAUCAAGUUCCCCAGUUGGUCGUGGUGUGGAUGGAAGAGUGAUGGUAUCCAAUACAAGCCACAGAUGGUCGAUGGGUGUCUCUCUAAUGUCCAUGCUUGGCUGGUAGAUCAUACAUGGAUCGAUUGGCAUAUAAGGGAUGGCCAUGGAACACUACGUCGCCUCUGGGAUAGAGGAUACGCCGUCAAGGAUCAGAGCACUGACGACAAAUGGACGGGUUACACGGCAUUCGUACGACCCUCAAGGGCGGAUCCAUAUAGUCCCUCUGACCACGACGCGAGCGAAGAUGGAAGCGUUUACCUCACUGACGCCAGUCAGAGAGAAGCUGCCAGGCAGGGGGACAGAAGGACCAUGGAGGAUCGUCGGAAGGCAAACAGUCUUAGUAAAAAAGGCCUAAAGUCUAGGAACCCGUUCAAUUAUCACGUUCCAGACCUUCCGGACGAGGACGAUGCUCGUGCUGGUUAUGACAGAUAUGGUCGGCCACUGACUUGGGACACAAUAGACCGGAAAGGUUACACACAAAACUUGAAGUUCAGACUUACCCUACCUGAAGAUCCAUAUCACGUACGAACAACGGCAUCCAGUCAAGCUGUCGGUGGCCUCAAAGAGUUUCCCGACCAACCGUUCCUACAAUUCUUUACCUGGCGGGCUUCGUUUCACGUGGUACGCUCAACAGAAGUCGAUGUCGAAGGAGACGAUCUUGGGGAAACGAGAGCUCGAUGUCAUAUCACAGACCGGCGUGGCGACAAGUGCGGUUCUGUCGUCGUCAAUAGGAAUUGGCUGGAAAAGUACGAAGCCACUGGCCAGACUGCGUUCGAGUUCAUCGCGAUUUCCGACGCCAAAUCCUUCAACCAGCAAGAAUUUCCGGUGUGGACGUAUUACCUGCCAAAGGAGAGAGUUGAUUCGGAAUGGGAUCUGUACUUUGUGCUCUUAGUGGAGCCAUAUCCCGAAGAAGGUAUAUAUCGUCGUGUAGCUCUUGGCAAAGUCUUCAAAGCGGCGUUCGCACUCUCAGAGGACGAGUGGAAGGAGAUCAUUCUGGGAUGA